AUGGCGUCGAAUGAGGAUGCUGGUCAGCCUCUGUUCCCAGAUGCCGGCCCCUCGAACCCUCAUCGGCCAUCGAUCUUCGAAUUCCUGGGCCAAGAUCAGCUGAGGGAUCUUUUCCACCCUGUGAUACGAUACAUCCUAUCUUACUUUGCUCAACGAUAUCCGAGAUACCUUUUGAGAAUACUGAAUCACCAUGAAGAGUUCUUCGCCUGCGUCAUGUUACUGAUCGAGCGUCAUCAUCUCAAGAAGCAUAAUGCCUCUGUAUCGGAGCACUUUCAUCAACUUUACCAUGUCCAGGCGACGAGAUACCCUAGGACUCACUCAUCUGCAUUUCAGCGACCUGGAAGGCUGACGAGAAGGCAGAGAUGGGGCUUGUUGGUCUUUCUGGUCGGAAUUCCAUACCUGCGAGCGAGAGCUCAUAGCUACUACGAGGAACUUGGAGUCGGUGUCAACGAUAGGGAUAGUGAGAUUUCCGUACUCCCAAGGGUAAGCCUUCCUGUUCCUCAUCGCUCACACGUACAGAGAGCCAAGCUGUUCAAGGCGAUAUACCCCUACCUCAACCUCACGUUGGACGCUACAUUCCUCGCUUACGACUUGCGCUAUCUCUUUGGAGCCUCGGAUGUGUACAGACCCUGGCACGCAUGGCUUGGAACAAGCAUACAGCGCAGGGAACAAGACGAGAUAGAGGGAUCCGACUCAACCUGGACCAGGCUUGUGCCUCCUCUCCUGCCGCCCCUGCUCCUUGCCUUGAAGCUCAGUCAAUGGUGGUAUUCGCCCUCCUCUCCAAGGGAUAUAUCCCUCAACUUUGAUACAAACAUUCGAUCAAAAAUUCAUCGCGCCAUUCCUCCGCCGAAACCUCUCCCGAUUCUGCCUCAGAGCGGAUUGCUCCCACAGCGAUCGCCGCCGGGUUCACCACCUGAGAUGGCAGACCCAAGCGCUACGGGGCCUGAUCUCAUCUACACAGUGGACGAUGAGAUGUACGGCAAAUGCCCUUUGUGCAAUAAGAACUGGCAAAAUCCAGCUAUCUUACCCAGCGGAUGGGUCGUCUGUUGGAGAUGUGGCUGGGAUGCUAUCGCAGGUACCGACGACGUCGAUCAAUCAGGCGGAACUUCUGAGAAUACAAGACGUCGCGGCAAGUGCCCCUUCACAGGAAUGGAUGUCAGCGUUGGCCAAUUGAGGCGAGUCCUCAUCUGA